ACUCUUGUUUUACCGUCCUAAUGUUUAUUUACAUUUUUUAAUAUUUUUAUUAGACGAAAGGAAACACAUUUUUGGUGACAACUAUGGAAUUUAGAAAUAAAGAUCCUGGUGCAGUGCAAUUUGGCAAUUUCAUAAAUUACUAUCAGUUUAACUCUGCCGAAGAAAGAUUGAAACUGUUGCCCUCACAAUACUGGCUGCCAGAAAAUGAGAAUGAACCAUCAUUGAAACCCUAUCUCGUACUAGAUGUUGGUUGUAAUUCUGGUGUAUUUACACAACUAUUACAAAAGUUUCUAAGUAGUCUAAUGCCUCAACGUAAAGUGUGUGUUUAUGGCGUGGACAUAGAUGCAGCUUUAAUAACCCGCGCUAAAAAGGACAAUAGCAAUUGUGAGCAAAUUUCAUACGAUUGUGUCGAUGUCAUGGAUAAUGAAGCAUUUGAAAAGGUACAGCAAUUUUUGAAAAUCCAUAAUAAAACACAUUUUGAUGCUGUUUGCUGUUUUUCCAUUACCAUGUGGAUACAUUUAAAUCAUCACGAUGCAGGUCUUCAGGAAUUUCUGCGAAAAUUAUCCAACAUAGCAAAAUUGUUUAUAGUCGAACCACAACCUUGGAAAUGUUAUCAAACUGCAGAGCGUAGACUUAAAAAGUCGGGUGAGGUUUUUCCUUUAUUUCUAGAACUGAAGUGGAGGUCACAAGUGGAAAUGGAAAUAGAAAACUUUAUGGAAAAUACAAUGCAUAGGAAAAAAGUUUACGAAUCAAUUCCGACUAAGUGGCAGAGAAAAAUAUGUUUUUAUAGAUGAUGUAUUGAUGUGUUUUAAUUUAUGUUAAUAUAAAAAAGUUUUUUAUACAAAUUAAAAACUAUGUUAUUUCAAAGAAAGCCUUAAAAUCUGUCUAUCUACCUAUCUAUCUAUCUACCUAUGUAUCUAUCUAUCUAUCUACCUAUCUACCUAUGUAUCUAUCUAUCUAUCCAUCUAUCUAUCAAUCUA